GAGGGGCCAGUGUACCCCCGCUCCCGUCCGGUAUCCGCGCUCCUCGCUCCUGCCAGGUGCCAUCUUCCUCCCAGAAUCCCGGGCGAUGCCUGGCCCCUUAUACCCUCUGUGGACAUGGAAGACACCCCUCUGCUGGACCGCAUGUCCGGCCCCGAAGAUGAGAUGGUGACCGACCUUUUCAGCGCCGAGAGUCAGUUUGUUUCUGAAAACCUCCCUCUGAAGUCCCCGGUGGCCGUGAAGCACGAGGAAGAUGAGUUCCACAUCCUUAAAGACGCAUAUCUGGGCGCCGCUGACCCCAGAGAGCCCCUGCUGCACACGUUCAACCCCCCGCUCAGCGCAGACUGCAAGAAUAAGGUCAAAGUGGAGCUGCUGGUGGAUGAGAACGAAGAUGAGGAGGUACUCGGGGAGUAUCCGAGCCUCCCCGACCUCAAUCCCCUGAAAGACGCUGUUCUGCCCGCGGCCCCGCAGCCACAGGCCUACAACGUCCACUUCCUGUCCUCCCUGCUGACCCCGCACAGGAGUCCGGCUGUCGUGCCCCUGGGUGCCUGGGCCAGGGAAGGAGCCAGCCACCCCGGUGUCCGGGUGAUUCCAGUUGAAAUAAAGGAAGCCGGUGGUUCGAUUACGAGUAACAACCUGGAGGAAGCAACUUUUCAGAGCCCUCUUGCCCAGGAGUCCUGUGGCAAGUUCUCGUCAUCACAGGAAAGAGAGGAUGCCUCUGGCUGCUCCCAGAAGGACUCGAACCCAAUGGUGAUAUGUCAGUUGAAAGGGGGUACACAAAUGCUGUGUAUAGACAAUUCUGGCACAAGAGAACUAAAAGCACUUCAUUUGGUUCCUCAGUAUCAAGACCAAAAUAAUUAUCUACAGUCAGAUGCCCCUAAACCUAUGACUACUUUAGUAGGAAGAUUUUUGCCAGUACCAGCAAAAUUAAAUCUCAUUACACAACAACUGGAUAAUACAGCCUUACCAUCCGUAGUCAGUGGGUCUGCUUUCCCCUCGGGAUCAACUCUUCCAGGACCACCAAAUAUAACUUUGGCUGGGUACUGUGAUUGCUUUGCUGGUGGAGACUUUUGCAACAACUGCAAUUGUAAUAAUUGUUGCAACAAUUUACGUCAUGAAAUCGAACGGUUUAAGGCCAUUAAGGCAUGUCUUGACAGAAAUCCAGAAGCUUUCCAACCAAAAAUUGGGAAAGGAAAGUUGGGAGACGCCAAGCCUCGGCACAGCAAAGGCUGCAGCUGCAGGAGGUCGGGCUGCCUUAAGAACUACUGUGAGUGCUACGAGGCCAAAACUUUGUGUUCUUCGAUUUGUAAAUGCAUUGGUUGCAAAAAUUAUGAAGAAAGCCCAGAACGAAAAACGCUAAUAAACAUGCCAAAUUACAUGGAAGUUGGAGGUUUUGAAGGCAGCCAUCAUUUAUCACCAACUAAAUUUUCAGGACUACCAAAAUUCAGAAGAGAUAGGCCGUCUUCCUCAUGCAUCUCCUGGGAGGUGGUGGAAGCCACGUGCGCCUGCCUGCUGGCUCAAGGCGAAGAGGCGGAGAAGGAGCGCCGCUCCAAGUGCUUGGCGGAGCAGAUGAUCUUAGAGGAAUUCGGGAGAUGCUUGUCACAGAUUCUCCAUAUUGAGUUCAAAUCCAAAGGGCUGAAAGUUGAGUAGAGUGCAAUGUGUGAAAUGUGAGUGAUGUGGAUUUUGUCUCCAUAUUCUGAAGGAAAUCUAGAGUUUAGAAGGUUGUUUUAAGGAACAUGAGGCUGGGUCUGCGGCAACAGCUUCAUGGUUAAGAUUAAGCUUUCCCUUUGCAUCCGGGAAACGGGGCGGGGUGGGGGGUGCGCUCACAGUCUCUGAGGGAUUUGGCGAUGGAAACCCUCCCCUCUUCUGAGGAAGGCAUGCCAUAACCGUUGUUGUCUGGACCCCAGGAGAGAGCAUGGGUUCCUGUGGUCCUGGGUGGGGGGGUGUCUGCACCAGCGUUGAGUCAUGGAGGGUGGAAGCAGACCCUGGGGAGAAAUAAAAGUCCGUUCCUCCCGACUUCAUCCUCUCCAGUUUUCCUCUGGGGGCUUCUCUGCAUAAAAAGCCAUGAUGAUUUUUCCCCUAAAUUAUUUAGAAAUAAAGUCCCCAGAUAGACUGCUAAGAUGCAACUUAAAGUCUGUAGAGAACUGCUGAAUGCCCUGAAGAGUCUCUGCGUGCCAACGCCUCCUCAGAGUCACAGGAAUUACCAGUCGCCUCUAGGGCCUCCCCAUGAGGCGUGGGUGGUGGCCCACACGGGCACACGGGCCUGCCUUGGUCAGUAGCGUUUUGAGUUGUGGGAUUAAAAAUUAUCUCGUUUCUUUUGUGUUUCCAUUUGAAUUGUGGAAAAGCUCUAUUAUCCAAUUAACUUCUCCAUAAUUAUUGUUAUAAUACUAUUAUUGUUUGUAAAACAGUUAAAAUAACUAGUUUGCAGAAACCAGCAGGUUAGGUAAGUUAUUAAGUCGACUUUCUUUUGGUUCUAUUGUAAAA